GACGUUCAAAAGUAGACCCAUAUUAGAUUAGUCUCCUAUCUAUAAAGGGAGUCGUCGAGCCCAUUGUGACGAGAUAUUUCUUUUGUUCAGUCCAUGACUAUUGUUUUAUCUCUCGAGUCGAUUAUUAGAUUAGUCUCGUGUCCUAAACUCCUAAUCAUUUUUGAUUAGUGUGAAUAAAUAAAUUUUAAGAACAACAAGUUACCCAAUCAUUUGAAAAAAUGAUACUAUAAUUCGCUAAACUUUUUUAUAAAAGAAAAAUUAAGAGCAAUUGGGAACGAGAACGUGUUGAAUAGUUGGGGACGAGAUUACAAGCACCAAUUCAUCUUCAGCAUCAUCUCCAAAUUCUUCUUAAAAUUUUCUUCUUCCUCCUUUACCAUCUCCAGCACCGGACCUAGUCAAAAAGUCUUUCUUCUCAAAUGGAUCAAAAGCCUCUUGGAUUGCUCACGAUCCACGUCAAGAGAGGGAUUAAUCUCGCCAUUCGCGACCAUCGUAGCAGCGAUCCUUACAUCGUUCUCAACGUCGCCGAUCAGACAUUGAAGACACGUGUGGUGAAAAAAAAUUGUAACCCAGUAUGGAAUGAAGAAAUGACUGUUGCUAUCAAAGAUCCUAAUGUCCCAAUCCGCUUGACAGUGUUUGAUUGGGACAAGUUCACAGGAGAUGACAAAAUGGGAGAUGCGAACAUAGACAUUCAACCAUACUUAGAGGCUUUGAAAAUGGGGAUGGAGCUUUUGAGGCUACCUAAUGGGUGUGCUAUCAAAAGGGUUCAACCAUCAAGGCACAAUUGUUUAUCUGAUGAGAGUAGCAUUGUUUGGAACAAUGGUAAGAUCACACAAGACUUGAUCCUUAGACUUAACAAUGUCGAAUGUGGCGAGAUUGAGAUCAUGCUUGAAUGGCAUGAAGGUGCUGGUUGCAGAGGUAUCACUUCCUCUUCCAAAGGUGGAGGCUCUUCCUCUACCUAAACUUAUUAUUGUUCUUUCUUUCUUUCUUUUUUUGUUGUUGUGUAUCAAUCUGUUGUUGUUGUUUCCAUAUGUAUAAGCAACUCAAGUAUGUUUUCUUGAUGACCAUUUUCAAUGGCAUAAUCAAGAAGAAAAGCUGGAAAAUUUGAGACUUUCUUUUGUAUGUUUUCAUUUGAAUAUCUUUUUGAUUUCUCACUUUCUGUUUUGAUUUUGUUUUGUCUUUUGCAAUUUGCAUUCUCUUCUAUGACGUAGGCGUAGG